AGCUCGCGCCACUUCCGACGCAGCCCUCGGUUCAGGUUCCGGGGCGCGGCGGAGCUCCCGGCCUGUGGGUCGCGCGCGGCGCCCUUCGGUUCCGGGGCCACGCGCCCCGUGGCGGCCGCGAUGGAGGAGGCCGGAGCGGCGGUGGUCGCCGCGGGGGAGGCUGAACUGAACAUGUCCCGCCUCAACGUGUCCCCCGAGAUGCUGGAGUUGGAGCUGGAGGCGCGGGGCGAGGAGCGGCGCGGCGCCAGGGAGGCGCUGCUCCGGCUGCUGCUGCCUCAUAACCGUCUGGUGUCGCUGCCGCGGGCGCUGGGCAGCGGCUUUCCACACCUCCAGCUGUUGGACGUGAGCGGCAACGCGUUGACCGCGCUCGGGCCUGAGCUGCUGGCGCUGAGCAGCCUGCGCACGCUGCUGGCCAAAAACAACCGGCUCGGAGGGCCCGGCGCGCUGCCCAAGGGCCUGGCCCAGUCGCCGCUCUGCCGCAGCCUCCAGAUGCUCAACCUCAGCGGGAACUGCUUCCAGGAGGUGCCCGCCUCGUUGCUGGAGCUGCGCGCGCUGCAGACCCUCAGCCUGGGCGGCAACCAACUGCAGAACAUCCCGGCCGAGAUCGAGAACUUGCAGAGUUUAGAGUGUUUAUAUCUCGGAGGAAACUUCAUCAAAGAAAUCCCACCAGAAUUAGCAAAUCUGCCUUCUCUAAGUUACUUGGUAUUAUGUGACAACAAAAUUCAAAGUGUGCCUCCUCAGCUUUCACAGUUGCAUUCACUUCGUUCCCUCAGUCUUCACAAUAACUUGCUGACAUACCUGCCUCGAGAGAUCCUCAAUCUUAUUCAUUUGGAAGAAUUGAGUUUGCGAGGAAAUCCAUUGGUUGUUCGUUUUGUUAGAGAUUUAACCUAUGACCCUCCAACUCUCCUGGAAUUAGCUGCACGGACCAUUAAAAUUCGAAAUAUUUCCUACACUCCCUUCGAUCUUCCUGGGAAUCUUCUUAGAUACUUGAGUUUAGCCAGCAAUUGCCCAAACCCAAAGUGUGGAGGAGUCUACUUUGACUGCUGUGUCAGACAAAUUAAAUUUGUGGACUUCUGUGGGAAGUACCGCCUCCCACUGAUGCACUACUUAUGUUCCCCAGAGUGCUCUUCCCCUUGCAGUUCUGCCUCUCACAGCUCCACAUCCCAGAGCGAAUCUGACUCAGAGGAUGAAGCUAGUGUUGCUGCACACAGAAUGCAGAAAGUUCUUCUUGGUUGAAAAGAAUGCAGGGUGGUGUGAAACACUAAAAGAACUGAGCAAAUGUGGUUAGAAAAGAAAAUUGAAGUUCACUGGAAACCAGAUCUUCAUCUUGAAUGUCUGUGAAAGAGUCGGAGAUGACGGAAAAGAUUUUGUAUUUCAUCUUCUUAUUCAGCAGGAAUGAGUCCAGUUCCAUGUUUGGAUUCUUUGAAUAUAAUUUUACUCUGAAUGGCAGUUUCAAAUUUAGCUGAUUCUUUGCAGUUUUCACUCAAGUUUUUCAUGAAUCAUACAGCACAUUGGAGCAUUCUGAAGAGCAGUGUUAUAAUAAACCAUGAGUGGUGUGACUUGUGACAGUUGAGAUGAAGAAAGAAGUGAUCAGAGCUGUAAUUAUUACCAGAAUUGUCCUUGGGUUUAGGCUGAACACUAUCCCAUAACAGGAACUGCCCUCCCUUCUUGUAUCACCCGUGUGUCUAGAUUACAGAGCCAUUCAGAUAAGUUCCCAGAUGGUUACAUAGGACCUAACCCUUUCUGACCUACUAAUUGGUAAAGUAAGGAAUAUAACUUUUAUGUGGGAUUUUGAAACUCUUCAGUACUGCUCUUUUGUUCUAUAUGAUUGUGGUUUCCCUUCUGUAAUCCAGCAAUGACUGUUAUAGUGCCUUAAUCCUAGCAAGGUUUUAGAAACUUAUUCAAGGAAUGAUGCCAGAGUAGCCUGUAUAAUCUGACAUACUAUGCAGAACGCUUUAAAAUAUACUUUAACAGAACUAGGUAAACAACUAUAUAUCUGACAUCAGAACUCAUGGCCACCUUAACUUGAAUUUUUUGUUUAAACAUGAAGUGAUCCCUUGUAAGCAAUCACUUUUGCAUUUAAUGGGAGGCAACAGUCUUGAUUAAUCUUUUCAUUAAGACAGAUAAUAGCUUUUGAUAUAAAAAUCUGUCAGAUUUCUUUUGACAGAAAAGAGAUGUAAGCUCAGAGAACUUCUUUGUAUCUUGCAUUAAAGGAGUGGGAAGAUGAUUUAAAAAUUUUUAGCUCACCUCUGACUCCUUUGCCUGUGUGUACUGAACUGUAACUUUCUGUACAUUUUAAAGAAAAACUAGAAAACUACUACAACAAGCCAAAUAAAAUUGUGGGCAGCACUCAUUUAUGUAAAGACUUUAAAGCAGUCUCGAAAUCGUGUGAAAUAGAGCAAUUUCUAAAACUAGUUUAACCAUAGAAUACUUUAUGAAAGUAAUGUAUUGAUAACAAGAAAUUUAUUGAAGACAUCUAAAGUAUAGCAGAAAAAUGUGUCACAAAUUAAUUGCUAUUAGAAAUGACCAAAUUUUUAUUAACUAGUUUAAUAUGCAAUAAAAAUUGAAUGAUAGUACAAUUAUAAGUUGAUAUUAUAAAAUGCACAACACAUACUAGCAGUCAUUAGAUAACUGACCAAUAAUAAUAACAUGAUGUUUUGUUGGUAAAUGUUACCUAUACAGUCGUACGCAGGUCAGAAACACAUUGGAACAUCAGAGGAUCUCCUUUUCUGACUUCUUGGCUUUCAUGACUGGGGCACACCAUUUCUUAAAACCAGAUUGUUGUAUAAUAAUAAUAAUAAUAAUAUGUACAUAUGUUAUGGUUUUGUCUCAUGUUAUUUUUUAUUUUAGAAGAAAAUAUACUGUAGGAUAGUUCAGACUUUAUUAUUUUAUUCAUGAAACAUCAUGAGAGUUUCAUGACUGCAGUUGUGAAACGCUGCUAUAGAGUGAAUCCCUUCACCUCGUUAUAAUGUAGUAAGAUUCUUUUUCCUUUUGAUUCAGAAAUUGUCUAUGUCUGUAGAAGUAAUCUAGUAUGUUUCUGCUGCCUAGCAAUGUAGUACAUGGGUGAUUAUAUCAUAAUAUGGAAGUAAUGGAAAGCCUUUGUUUACUUUUCCACUUGAGCCACAGCAAGCUGCAUACUACAAAAUUAGGAAAGGUAAAGAUGACUUAGGCAGUGCCUAAGUGGCAAACCCAAAAUGUUUGUAACUGAGUUAAUAUCAAUACAUAAAAUAUUUUCAUAGAAAAUAAUGUAUUCAUAGUAAUAUAUCCAAAUUGAUAGGACCAAAUUUUUCUGGCUUAAAUGCCUCAGUUUACUAAUUUAUUACCAGCUUGACCUAAGUAACAGCUUGGGUAAUCUUCUGAGAGUUAGUCUUCGUAAAAUAAAUGGGUAGGUAUGUCAGUAUAGUAUUUAACCAUACUUACCUCUUUCCAGCUUCCCAGAAAGAAGUUAUACUGAUUGGUCUUUACAGAUGUAAAUAGGUCCAACCAGAAAUAGUUUCUGGACUUUGCUUUAUAUGUAGAUGUAUACCAUAAUAUACAACAAAAUGUUUGUUGUACGUGGACAUUUGAAAAUCUAAGAUCAGUGUGUAGCUGUCUUUAGUGACUUUUUCAAAACUCUACAUUUCAGUUGUUAGUUUUAUCUUUUUUGGUUUUUUGUUGUUGUUGUUUCGUUUUUAGGAGUUAAGGUGCCAGUGUUGCAGGGGGACCUUGGGCUAGUCUUGUCCCUUGAACACAGAUCAAUAUAUUUUUUCUUUUAAAUCUUUGACCUAACCUUUUAUAAGAGCUGCUAAUAAUUUCUAAGAUUUUUUGUUUCUCUCCUCUACCUUACCUUUUUUUCAUAAAUGGUGAUUGGUAGAAAUUAGAAGAUGAGAUGCAAGGGACUUGAUAAUUUAACAACCAGAUAAUCAAUUCCCGAAUCAUAUAGCUAUGUAUUUUAAAUGUAGUCUCUCUCUUUAGUUGCUAAGUCAUCUGUUUGUGUUUAAACUAGUUAAUAAACUUUAUUUUUUGAGAUUUACAAAACCUGCACUAAUUUUCAUAGUGAAAUAAGUUUUUGAUACUGCUCUAAUUUUAGUGACCAGAACUUCUGUGUAUCAAAUUACUUCACCACAGCAUUAAUGUGUCUAGAAUGGAAUUUUUCAGUGUUAAUAUUUGAAAUGGAAAUGGGUACAUUGAACAUUCUUAGUAAUCUUUAUUCUUAGAAUCCAAUUCUCAGCAUCACCAACUCAGUUUGAAUAGUCCUAGGAUUUUAGGAAAUAGGAAGAUUAGCUGAUAGAACAUUUUGCUUCCAUGGUGCCAGGGGUUGGCUGACCUAACGACAAGCUAGUCGAGGUUCUUAGUAUUCCUUGUAUUUGAGUACCAGAGGUAUAUCUGAGGGUUUACUGUUCAUAUUUUACUUCUAUAUGUAUGCCAGAGGAGUCUCUUAUUCUGAAAUUUCUAUUCUUUGGAAUUUUAAGUAACCAAAUUUAAAAAUAAAGAUGCAUUGUAAACUGUACCUCAAAUUUGAGAAAUUUUUAUGUUGAUGUAGAUAAAAGUUAAAGGCAGUCCACGCUGGUGCAGUGUAAUACUGCAGACCAAUUCUACCAAACAUUGUAAAUAUCAAUUUAAGCAAAGAGUAGGAAAAGGCUGUUUGCUGGAGUGUUAAAUGAAAGAAAUCUUUAUAACAAAGGGCAGGAAAAGAGAAGUCACCAGACACCCCAGGAUAGCCCUGAGCCAAGAAAGUUCUUUAAAGUAAUAGUGAAUUGUUUUAAAAUCAUGUGGCCCAUUGACAACCAUCUGAAAGUCUUUAUCACUAAGUUUCUUUGGUUUCUGCUAUUGGGAGAUUAUCCACAUCCCUCUAUGAUGACAAGCCAGCAAGUAAAUAGGAUUUUCUUAGAGCCAACUUUGCUCUUUCCAAAGGGAGAAAGUAAUACCUCAUUAACCUGAAAUUUAUGGUACAGCCUUAGUUAGUGUUUACCUUUUCACUAUGUAAAAAAAGAAAAAAAAUACUAAGCAAAUAAUUGGUGCAAAUAAAGUUUGAUCUUUUAAGCAUUUUAGCAGUAUUUAUUUAUAUAAAAUGUUAUUCUAAGUAAUAAAACCCUUUGUAGGCAAAACAGCAGUUAUAAUAUGUGUAUGUAAUUAGUUAAGCUGCAUUUAUUUAGAAAUACCUAAUUUUUACUUAAAUGACCCUCUUCUUCUCCAAAUUAGAGAUUGUAUUAUGUUAGUAUAAAUAUUAUUCUGCAUUUAGUCCAAAAUAGCUUUUAAAAGUUCUGCUGGGUGUUAACAAUAAAGGCUGAUACGUAUGUUUUUAGGCAACAUGAUCUGUGAUACGUAUUUCUGAUUCUGUCUGUGUAGAAAAGAAGUACCUGUCACUGUUUCUGUAUUAAGCACCAUACUCUGUAUAACAUUAAUGUGAUGAAUUUAAUAGAAUCCACUUCUGUAUUUUCAUUAUAGCCAUGAUCUUUUUAAAGGCAACAGUGUCUUCAUGUAUGCUCAGAAAGUGUAUGCCUUAAAUCCUUCAUUGUAGACCCAAAGUUUGGGGCACUGUCAUUUAGUAAGUGGUUUAUGACAGCCUAAUGACCUUUUGCAUUUGACUUGAGGGAGGUAGACUGUGAGUGACCUGAGGAAUUCCUUCCCCUAAAACAGGGCCUAAUGUCUAUGAGUCUAGAGCUUCUGGAGAAAGAAUCCUAAUCAUGCAUACUAUGGGAGAAGGUCAAGCCCUAAGGAUCAGGGUCCUCUGAAAUAAAAUCAGUGAAAGGUAUAUUCUUUUUUAUAUUAUUUUGUAAAGUAAAUUUAUCUGCUACCACUAAGGGUGACAGCAUAUAAAGGCUGUCAUGUUAAUAGCAUGAUGCAAAGAUUUUACUGCUGUGAGGCCUAGGAUAUUUUGUGAGUGGUUUCUUUGUAACACUAGGUUGCAAGGGGCUAUGUUUUAACAUUUUUCAUGUAAAUAUCUCCAUUUUUCUGUCUCUCCGUGGUCCAUAUUUGUUGCGAAUUGAUGUAUAAAAUAACAGUUCACUAACAACAAACAUUAUUGAAUUAUUACUCACAGGGUAAUACUGAUUUAGGUGCUACUAGACUUUUACCUGGGAUUUGUUAGUCUCAGUUGGUCCUAAGGUACAGUAUUCAAUCUAGUAAAUAUUAAAACUUACUAGUUUAAUGAAGGUUAUGUAUAUACCACUGUACCAGAAAGCCAUGGUUGGAUUGACUGUUUGCAUUCACCAGAACUUACUUUCUGUGGUUGUGAAUAAAUGGGAUAAAACUUUUAUUCUAAACUGUAGUUAGAAGAAACUGGGAUAAGAUUGAAAAUGCUGUUGCUGGUACUAUAAAACAUUACUAAAUUGGUUAGUUCUUCUGUCUACAACUGACGUUUUAAGAGAAUCCUUUUAAACUCAAAUGGUUGACAUUGAUGUGGUCAUUGAUGUGAUGUAUGUUAUUUAGAAGGAAUAUUAAUUUCAACAAUCACUUUACAACAGUUUAAUCAUGGAGAGACCUGUGUGCCUAUAAUUGGUGUUUGUUGCAUUUCUGAGCCCACUUUGUAUUCAUGAGAAAUGAAAGUAUAAUGGGAGAAAUAUUUUAAAUUACCAGUGUUUUAACUUUUUAUAAAGUUUGGGACUUUAAAGUAUCAACAAAGGAUAUUGAAAAUAUAUGUACUUUUGCUUUAGUCAGAUUACUUUUUAUUGUCUGAUUUCUUAAUUUUAUCUACUUGAAAUCUUGUGAAUUACAAAUAUCUAUAAAUAUAUAGAUAUCUAAAACUUAAUGAUAACAAUAAAUGUAAUUCAGCAACAUGAUUCAACAAUUAUAUUUCCUUUUCAGAAUAAGAUACAGUUAAGUGCGUCAAAUUUAUAUAUUACUUGGUAAUGGCAAAUGCUCUAAAAAUAUAUUUAAGCUACUUCAAUUCUAUACCUCCUUUUUCCCCCCACAGGACUCACAAGAGAAUGUGAUGUUAUAUUAACCCUCUGUGUGAAUUUUGCCUUAUUAAACAUUGUGCCUUAUUUUAUUAAAAGUGCUUUCUUGGAAUUUGA